GGAAGGAUUACUAAAUACAGGAGCUGGUGGUCAAAUAAGAGAAUUAGCUUCGGUCGAUUCUGCAGAAUUUAAAGUUUUUCGAAAUAAACAAUUUCCGGGUGUUGUUGGUGCUAACAUUCCUUUAAGGAAUGAACCUGAGAGACUCAACAGAAAUUCCGAGCAAUCGAAUGAAUAUGAUAAUACUAGUGAUGUCGAAGAAUCAGCUAGUCUUGAAAAAGAGGUGGAAGAAGGAAAAU